CCGCUCGCGCGCAGCCCGGCGUCGCCCCGUGCCGCGCUCGCUCCUCCCUCCCUCCUCCCGCUCCGUGGCUCCCGCGCUCCCGGCGAGGCUCAGGCGCCGACCGCGCGGACGGGCGCACGGGCAGACGGCCCCGGGGAAGCGUCGGCCCGCGCCUCCCGGGCGGGCUAUGUUGAUUGCCCCGCCGGGGCUGGCCCGCGGGAUCAGCACAGCCCGGCCCGCGGCCCCCGCGGCCAGUGGGGACUAUGAACCGGAAAGCGCGGCGCUGCCUGGGCCACCUCUUUCUCAGCCUGGGUAUGGUCUACCUCCGGAUCGGUGGCUUCUCCUCGGUGGUAGCUCUGGGUGCCAGCAUCAUCUGUAACAAGAUCCCAGGCCUGGCUCCCAGACAGCGGGCGAUCUGCCAGAGCCGGCCCGACGCCAUCAUCGUCAUAGGAGAAGGCUCCCAAAUGGGCCUCGACGAGUGUCAGUUUCAGUUCCGCAACGGCCGCUGGAACUGCUCGGCGCUGGGGGAGCGCACCGUCUUCGGGAAGGAGCUCAAAGUGGGGAGCCGGGAGGCUGCCUUCACGUACGCCAUCAUUGCUGCUGGAGUGGCCCACGCCAUCACAGCUGCCUGUACCCAGGGCAACCUGAGCGACUGUGGCUGUGACAAAGAGAAGCAAGGCCAGUACCACCGGGACGAGGGCUGGAAGUGGGGUGGCUGCUCUGCCGACAUCCGCUACGGCAUCGGCUUCGCCAAGGUCUUUGUGGACGCCCGGGAGAUCAAGCAGAAUGCCCGGACUCUCAUGAACUUGCACAAUAACGAGGCAGGCCGAAAGAUCCUGGAGGAGAACAUGAAGCUGGAGUGCAAGUGCCACGGCGUGUCGGGCUCGUGCACCACCAAGACGUGCUGGACCACGCUGCCACAGUUUCGGGAGCUGGGCUACGUGCUCAAGGACAAGUACAACGAGGCCGUCCACGUGGAGCCCGUGCGCGCCAGCCGCAACAAGCGGCCCACCUUCCUGAAGAUCAAGAAGCCGCUGUCCUACCGCAAGCCCAUGGACACAGACCUGGUGUACAUCGAGAAGUCGCCCAACUACUGCGAGGAGGACCCGGUGACGGGCAGCGUGGGCACGCAGGGCCGCGCCUGCAACAAGACGGCGCCCCAGGCCAGCGGCUGCGACCUCAUGUGCUGCGGCCGCGGCUACAACACCCACCAGUAUGCGCGUGUGUGGCAGUGCAACUGCAAGUUCCACUGGUGCUGCUACGUCAAGUGCAACACGUGCAGCGAACGCACGGAGGUGUACACGUGCAAGUGAGCCCGAGACCGCGCGGCCCGCCGUCUCCAGCUGCAGGUGAGCCUGCGGGGGGGACCGGCAGUUCCCAAGCUGCAACCCCCCUGGCAGGUCACGUCCUAGACCUUCACGGGAACCGCGGGAACGCUGAGCUUGUCUUUUCUGCUGAGGGGGCACCUCUCCUGGGUUUCCUGCAGGCACCUGUGGGAGAGAUCUCUCUGGAGCCCUCGACUGUUCUAUUCCAUGCCCAGCGCUGCUCCUCCCUACCCCAGACCCCGCCUGGGGCCCUCCUUGGCUGGAGCAGAGCCUUUCGCAGCGGGAACCCUGGACCCAAGGGCCUCAUCAUAGCAAUAUUUAACAAUUUAUUCUGAUAAAAAAAUAAUAUUAAUUUAUUUAAUUAAAAAGAAUCCUUCCACCUCGUCAGGAUCCGUUUUCUGCAAUCAAAGUGGACCGCUUGCCUCCCUUGCAGGAUAACGUUGUCGCUAGGACAAGGAGCCAAGUAGAAUUGUAGCUGAUUAUUCUUGAUGCAGAUAGCUCUACUAGUUGAUUUCGCACUAGAUUUUAAGUACAAGAGCAGACGUCCUUUAUACGUAUAUAGAUAUAUAUGUACACACACAUUUAUAUUUUUUUGCUGUUUGCUGCUAUUUAUCCAGAGAUUUAAGCUGGUCCAGAUUUGGAGACGUUUUCCAGAAUACGUUUCCUGCCUUUAGUCCUCCUCAGCUCAAACUUCACCAUUAGAAAAAGCCAGUUUGGAAUAGAGAGAGAGAAGAAAGAUAAUAAUAAAACUCCCAACAGUUUUCAUCUUUUGGAAAGUGAGCCACUGGAUAAGAGAGAAUAUUUUGUAAGAGACUAUUUUUAUAUGAGUAUUUUAUUUAUAUCGAGUCUGCCUGUAUCAUUCCAUGGCCUGUGCUUCUUCUUGAUUCCGGUACUCACCUUUGGGUAAGGAGGGGCGAGGCCUGGGUGUGGGGUCAAGCCCCACGGGGACCCUCACAUAGCUGCGUUCUCAAGUUCUGUUGGCCAAGUGGACAAAAGUGGCCCCUGGAUGCACGGGCUGCAGUGUCAUCCGUCUUUCCUGGGAAAAGGAAUCAGAUCCCCAGCCCCAGCCCGGUAAGCCCAGGCCUUCCGAGCAGGGUCACUGAGUGGUGACUUCCUGAUAAGCUCUGUGUUGGGCAGGCCCAUGCCCUCGGCAUUGCGUGGCCAUCACAGGGACCCGGUCUUCGCCACUCAGGGAGCCCGCUUCUCAUCAGGGUGCCCCUGCCAUUGCCGUAUGUCAUGGGGAGGUGAGGCACAGCCCUCAGUUAUGGGACAGAAAAGCUAGUGUGAGGUGUCCCAUGAGCAGCAGGGCCCAGCGGGCCUUCCAGGUUGUCACGGCCCCGGGGAAGACCAGCAGAGGUGUGGAUGAGGGUCCCCCUACGUCCAGUGCCUCACAGCCUGGAGAGCUCUCCCCUGGGAUGCUAUGGGUGUUCUAAUAUGUGUCCGUUUGCAUUUCUGUGUGUGUGUGUGUGUGUGUGUGUGUGUGUGUGUGUGCAUUCUUGGCAUAGUCAUGUCACUUUGGGCCUUCAAGCACCUCUGGGGUGCUGGUGUGUGUACGUCUUAUGUGCUCCUGUGUGUACCUGGCUAUCUGUGUGUCUCUCUACGUGUCUCAGAGAUUCGGAGUGAUGUGUGCAUGUGGGUGUGUGCCUGUGCACCUGCUGGUCCCCAAGUGUCUCUGCCUGCGGGUGAGGGCUUGUGGUGUGAGACAGACUACAGGGACCUUUGGCGAUUGUGUUGAGCCACCAAGAGAUGGCACCUCUGUACUCUGCGCCCACAGACACUGGUGAAACUCAGAAACCUCUGAGACCACAGGCCCAUGGCCCGACACACUGGGAGCCCUUCACUGUGUAGGCCGUGUUGGACUUCCCAAUGUCGGCACUGGGCCUGGAUCACAGUAUGGACAAAUAAAAUGGCUGGAUGGUUGGUUGAUUUCUUCCCUUGGA